GGCCGGGCCCGGGAUGGCGAUGUUCCGCAGCCUGGUGGCCUCGGCGCAGCAGCGCGCGCCGCCGGGCGGGCCCGCGGGCGGCGACGGCGGACUGGAGGCGCAGUUCAGCUGCCCCAUCUGCCUGGAGGUCUACCACCGGCCCGUGGCCAUCGGCGGCUGCGGACACACGUUCUGCGGGGAGUGCCUCCAGCCGUGCCUGCAGGUGACGUCCCCUCUGUGCCCACUCUGCCGCCUGCCCUUCGACCCCAAGAAGGUGGACAAGGCUGCCCACGUGGAGAAGCAGCUCUCGGCCUACAAGGCGCCCUGCCGGGGCUGCAACAAAAAGGUGGCGCUGGCCAAGAUGAGGGUGCACGCAGCCUCCUGCGCCAAGACCCAGGAGCAGAUGGCCAGCUGCCCCAAGUUCGCCCCCGUGGUGCCCACGUCCCAGCCCAUCCCCAGCGCCGUCCCCAACAGGUCCACCUUCACCUGCCCCUACUGCGGCGCCCGCAACCUGGACCAGCAGGCGCUGCUGCGCCACUGCGUGGACAAUCACCGCAGCGACCCCAACCGCGUGGUGUGCCCCGUCUGCUCGGCCAUGCCCUGGGGGGACCCCAGCUACAAGAGCGCCAACUUCCUGCAGCACCUGCUCCACCGGCACAAGUUCUCCUACGACACCUUCGUGGACUACAGCAUCGACGAGGAGGCCGCCUUCCAGGCCGCCCUGGCCUUGUCCCUCUCGGAGAACUGAAGGACCACCGCCACCUUCGCCCCUCGGUUGGGCGCAGCCAGGGGUCCGAGCCCCUGGCAGGAGAGAGGCGCCCGCCGGGCUGAGUCUCCUCGGUGCUUGGUGUGGGGAUCUCCCGCAGGGACAGCCAGAGAUGCGGGCCAGCUCACGCCUGUCCUCCGUGCCCGCGUGAGGCUCCUGUGGCCUCGCCACUUCGCACUUUCCCGCCAGCCAGCGCCCUGGUCUCCCGGUUCCGGGCGGAGACGGCUGUCCGUGUUUGAUUAGAACUUAGAGUAUUUUUAUGGAACAUUUACAAAAUUAUAUUUUUAAAAAGAAGGAUCCACUGAGUCGCUGUGGCUGAGCCGAGCCCAGGAGGCUGCCCCCCACCCCGCCGCCACCCCUCGGGCGAACGGGGGCGCAGGCGGGGGCAGGGGCCCGAAAGCCACUCCGAGCUCAUAUGGGUCACAGCAUCCAGUAUCGCUUCUUUAAAAAAACAAAAUAAAGCGUUUCUGAGCAGC